UGGAUGCUUCGCUUGAUGAGAUGAGUGGCGACCAUGUUUCCUGAUGCGAGGCGGAUAGUUUAUCGCCAAUUUUCAUGCCGUGCAGAGGUGAACGCGGAAAAAGGCGUUCAAAUUAAAACGCACUGCACAGUGUAGGGAAACCUCUAAUUGUGAGAACGGCUGGCUCGCUUGUAUAUUAGUAGUAGCAAUGGGUAUUCCGUCGGCAAGUGGAUUCGUUAAAUCGUUUCAUUCGCUGAUUGUUUGCCUCUGGCAAAUCGGCGGUCUAUGACGCUCUCGCACGCAUGAUUAUUAAAGCCGGAGGCUAUAUGUGCGAACAUAUGUCGUACUACAUACUAGCAUAUAUAUAUAUACAUAUGCAUAAGUGAAACAAUACGGUUCGCCAUUCAGAUUGUUUGAGUGCAGUGAAUUCCGACACAAAUCUCGGCGCAAAAUAGUUGUCAAAAUUGUGCCGUCUUUAAAGUGAUGAUUCAUAUCAGCCGAAACAAGUGAAAGUGAAAAUCAGAAAUACAUACAUAUAUUUUAUAUAACUAAUAAAUUUGGUGUAGCGAAUGUAAGAAUUUUGAAAAACGUGCAGUGCAAUGAAUUAAGCUAUACACAUUCGUACAUAGUUUUCAAUUAAAUUCAAAGUAUAAGUGAUUGACUACGAUUUCUCGUGCAAUGGAUCAUCCAAGUAGCGGUUUUGUCGCAUCGCCAUGGGCAGCGGUAUUGGGCCAUCACGCUAUGGCAGCAACGGCUGCAAGCGCCGAUGCGGGAUUCGCGGCAGCAGCAGCGGCACAUGUCCAGAACGUGGCGGCAGUAGCUCAACAUCACCAUCACCACCCACACCACCAUCAGAUCGCCGCUGCUGCUCACCACCACUCGCACCACCAUCCACAUCAUCACGGCCACACACACCACUCGCACCACACACAUCACUCUCACCACCUCAAUCCGACGGCCAUGCCCAUGGACUUACACGUACCACAAGGAUUUCCAUAUUACAGAUAUCGCGAUGAUGCUCUUUGCUGGGGUGAUAGAAAAUCGAUGGAAGAAAUUGGAGCCGCACAAUCUUCGGUAAAUGCAAGGAUUCUCGAACUACGGAAGGAAAAGUCGCGAGACGCAGCAAGAUCUCGACGUGGCAAGGAGAACUACGAAUUCUACGAAUUGGCGAAAAUGCUUCCUCUACCUGCGGCUAUAACAAGCCAAUUGGAUAAGGCUUCCAUUAUAAGACUGACAAUAAGUUAUCUGAAAUUAAGAGAUUUCUCUGGACAAGGCGAUCCACCAUGGACUCGAGAGCCGUCGAGUAGUAGCAAAUUAAAAAGUGCUGCAAUUCGACGUAGUCCUGCCGUAGAUCUAUUUGAGCAACAUCAAGGCACACACAUAUUGCAGUCACUAGAUGGAUUUGCAUUAGCUGUUGCGGCCGAUGGACGAUUUCUGUACAUAUCGGAAACGGUAUCUAUUUACUUGGGCCUCUCACAGGUAGAAAUGACAGGAAGUAGCAUAUUCGACUACGUCCAUCAGAGCGAUCACGCAGAAAUUGCCGAACAACUGGGGUUAAGCUUAACCAACGGUGGCAUUGCAGCUGGUGGCAACGGUAGUGGUACAACUGGGCUAGCGUCCCCCACAUCGGGAGCGUCAGACGACGGUGUUGGUACACAUGGAACGAAUAACCCUGAUGUGUCUGCACAAAUGACCGUGUCCUCCACCAGCGGAUAUAAAGGCUACGAGCGAUCGUUUUGCAUUCGCAUGAAAUCGACACUCACCAAACGAGGCUGCCAUUUCAAAUCCUCCGGCUAUAGGGUAGUUUUGCUAUUGUGCAAGCUGCGACCGCAAUACACGUUCUCACACACACGAAAAUCUCAGCCUCCUUUGUUGGGCAUGGUCGCUCUAGCGAUUGCCCUGCCACCGCCUUCCGUUCAUGAGAUUCGUCUGGAAUGCGACAUGUUUGUAACCCGCAUCAAUUUCGAUUUUCGAAUAGCACACUGUGAGCCAAGGGUGUCUGAUUUGCUGGACUACAGCCCCGAAGAUCUUGUCAACAAGAGUAUGUACAACCUAUGUCAUGCUGAGGAUGCCAUUCGGUUGCGAAAAAGUCAUAUGGAUCUAAUAGAAAAAGGUCAAGUUCUCACGGGGUAUUUUCGGCUGAUGAACAAGAACGGCGGCUACACUUGGUUGCAAACCUGUGCAACGGUAGUUUGCAGUACAAAGAAUGCUGAUGAGCAAAAUAUAAUUUGCGUCAACUAUGUAAUCAGUAAUCGAGAAAACGAGAAUCUCAUAUUGGACUGCUGCCAGAUGGAACCUACUGUGGAUUGUAUUAAACACGAAGAACUUGUCAGUGACAAGAACUCUGGCUCGCCUAACAGUGAUGCCGCGCCCGACGGACAAGCCGGUGUUGGUGGCAAUGCGAAAGACUCACCACCCAAGGCUGAUGGUGAUGGACACAACCAGCGUUCACGUGGACGGGGUUCAAGUUCCACUGUUAAUACAAACUCUAGCAACUUAACUUUAGUUAAAGAUAGUCCUAAUUCUGUAAAUGUUGAAAUGGAAAAUGGGACGAGUUCUUUGCCAACAACUGUGGCCACACCAGCAGCAACCCCUACCACAACAACAAAACGCAAACGAAAAACCAAAGCCUCGCUGCAAAUCGAGGAGAAUUCGGACGUAAACACAGUUAAUGUUUCGGACACAGAUACUCAACCGCAAACGAAAAUACCAACCAUAGAGAGGGAAGUGCCACGUAGCCGUUUGCCAUCGACAGUGGAACAAAUCCCACAGCAGCCGCAGCAAGCGCAUAUUUCACAACAACAACAAACGCAGCAACAAAUACAGCAGUCACAACAACAGCAAGCGCAUUCUGAGGCUUCCGUGAAGGAUUUGGAAAAUGCUAUGACAAAACACUUGCCCUCACCCGGAAUAAAUAGUAGCGAUGCUGCAGUAAUCGCCACAGAUUUUAGCACAGACGCGCUCUUAAAACAACAGCAACAAAACGAAAAGAGCAGCACUAUACAGUGGAUCGGUGCGCCACAUUAUCAACAACCAGCGCAAAUGCCUGCCACCGCGCUGCUGCGGCAACUUUAUGCAAAUCGAGAAAGCGUCAUAAGAGCUACAGCACGUCAAACGCCGACCGGCGUCUUUUACGGUGACCAACAGGGUGGACCGUUGCCCACUCCACCAGGCAGUGAGUCAUCCUAUGACAAUCACCAAUAUCUACAACUUCAUCCCGCCCAUCCACAAAAGUCCUCUUCAGAUGCAUUCACAAACUUGGUAUCCACAUAUGGUGGUUACCACACCUCUAUCGAUUAUCAUAAUGCUAUGACUCCGCCUAGUUCAGUAUCUCCGCGUGACAGCAACAAUACCAUAAAUGCAACCAAAGCAACCUCUCACAACAGUAACGGCUAUGAUUACACGGACUCACUCCGUGUUCAGUAUUCAACACCGAAUAACGCCGGCGAAAGUAGUGGCACACCUGCACUACCGCUCAAGCCACAGCCAUACUCGGCCGCAACGGCCACCAUGCACCAUCCGCACCCAAGUGCCGACGCAUCGAGCAUUACAUAUGGCAACUUAGAUCAAUCACAAUACUUUCCACCACAUUCCAGCUUUCAUUUAUAUCAUAAAGGUACACCACCCAGUGGCUGGUACUCGACACCAUCAUAGGUCAGCCUUCAGAACUGCAAUUUGCAGCAACAGUGGGGAACGCAGAAAGAACAACCAAUGCAGCAAGUUGAACUGCAUCCAAAGGAGAGUUGGGAUAUUGUUGGAGCACUUGGAAAAGUUGCCAGAAUGUUCUUCAGUGCCCGUAGGGGUAAUUAAAGAGAGGGCGGUACUACUAACUCGAAAGAAAAUUGCCUUGCUUGUUAAACUCACGCAUGCAGCGCGAAAUAUAGCGGCCCAAUUCAACUGUAGCGUAAUAUGGUUCAUACAUACGCAUACAUACAUAUGUAUUUACAAGUAUGUUCAAUAGAAUCUAAGGAAAAUAUUGUUUUUUCACACUAUCGUUCGAAAAAUUGUACACAACUUCUUUUCCGAAAACCUACGUGGUCGUUACUAAAUAUUAUUAUGUGUACUUAUGUAUGUAGUUUUGAAUGACCAUACAUACCUAUACAUAAAAACGGGUAUAUCUAUACAUGUAAGUAUGUAUGUGUGUAUGUACAUACUAUCUAUAUGCUUCGACUAAUAACUUUUGUGAAAUUCUAAAUUUCCUGCUUAAAUUCGUGAUGUCUUAAAAUGUACAGAUUGGUACAUGUACAUAUGUUUGUACGUAAGUAGUACGUCCACCUUUGAAUAUCACAACUAGAUAUUUAAUCAAUUAUUUUUAAUUAGAAAGGCGUUAAUCCGCUUCGUAGAGCUCUAAACUCUCCGACGUAUAAAUAGUAUAUACACAUGUACAUAUUUUACUGUUAAAUUUUGUUUUACCUUUCCAUUUGAAUUUGGCUUUAAAUAUUUUUUCAAACACUAGACACACGAAUACUAUAAAAAUCUGUAAUAAAAAAUACAAUUGUAAGUAAAAUAUGAUUACGAGCACAUCAAACAUUUGUACAUUUCAGAAUUUAAAAUAUUUAUAAAAUGAAAUAUGUGAACUAACUAAAAUUGUAUAUUUUUCGGAUGCUAUAAGGUUAUAACUAAGGAAAUACUCGAAAUGAACAAUUUCCAAUUAUUAAUGGAUAACAAAUAACCAAUUGCUUAUAUAAGACUUAGAUAGUGUGCCAAUAAUGCAAAGACAAAAAAAUAUUAUAAAUUUAAGAAAUUAGAAGUGCAUUUUGUAUUGUUAUUAAUUAUUUAAGCUACAUACUAGCGAUUUACUUAAACGUUUAUAUACAAUUAAGGACAGAUAUCUGCAUGUCGCAAAUACAACCCUAUGACAUACAUAUCAA